AUGGGGCCGGGCGCUGGGCUAGGGAAGGGGCCGGGAGCUGGGCAGGUACGGGGCCGGGCGUUGGGCGGGUACGGGGCCGGGUGCUGGGCAGGUACGGGGCCGGGCGCUGGGCGGGUACGGGGCCGGGCGCUGGGCAGGUACGGGUCCGGGCGCUGGGCAGGUACGGGGCCGGGCGCUGGGCAGGUACAGGGCCGGGCGCUGGGCAGGCACGGGGCCGGGCGCUGGGCAGGUACGGGGCCGGGUGCUGGGCAGAUACGGGGCCGGGCGCUGGGCAGGUACGGGGCCGGGCGCUGGGCAGAUACGGGGCCGGGCGCUGGGCAGGUACGGGGCCGGGCGCUGGGCAGGUACGGGGCCGGGCGCUGGGCAGGUACGGGGCCGGGCGCUGGGCAGGUACGGGGCCGGGCGCUGGGCAGGGACGGGGCCCGGCGCUGGGCAGGUAAGGGGCCGGGCGCUGGGCAGGUACGGGGCCGGGCGCUGGGCUAG